GAACAAGCAAGCAAGCAGCAAAACCUGAACUUGAAGCGAAGAGAGCAGAGAAAGGGCAAGGGAGCUAUGAAGUUCACUGACUCUCCCGUAAUAGACCUGCCGGUGCGCAAUGCGCGCCUGUCACUCCACCAAGACAACGCCUCAAUGCACGUGGGCACCAGUGUCUGGCCUACCUCUCUCGUCCUCGUCAAGUUCGUCGAACGGUGGCUCCCGCUACCGUGCGCCGCCCCCACCCUCCACCCCAACCCCAACCCCAACCCCUACGCAUCCCUCCUCUCUUUCGCCCAGAAGCGCGCCAUCGAGAUCGGCGCCGGUUGCGGCGCCGCCGGUAUGGGCCUUUUCCUCCUCGGCCUCAACGACGUAGCGCUAACCGACAUCGCCCCCGUUAUGCCAGCCCUCAAACACAACCUCAAGCGCAACAAACAAGUCCUCGGCAAAACCCUAAAAACUCACGUCUUGUACUGGAACAACCUCGACCAGAUCAGGGCCCUCAAACCGCCGUUUGACCUUGUCAUCGCCACCGACGUUGUAUACAUCGAGGAGGCGGUGCCGCCGCUCGUGGCGGCGAUGGAGUCGCUUGUGGCGGACUCUGGCGCUGUGCUGCUUGGGUAUCAGUUACGGUCUCCGGAGGCGCACCGGCUGUUUUGGGAAUUGUGCGGAACUGCUUUUGCCAUCGAGAAAGUGCCGCACGAGCAUUUGCAUCCAGAGUAUGCGUACGAGGAAACUGACGUGUAUAUACUGAGGAAGAAGAAGGAAGAAGGAGUAAUUGGGUAAUUGGGCCUGUAAUUUUUAGGUUUAUUUGUUCGAAUAGAUUUCUAAGUUUAAUGCCUACGAUGUUUUCCUUAUUACUAGUUUACACAAAGAUCACAGCGCUUUGUAAUUUUCUGGGCUUGAAUUGAAAAUUUUGGUUUUUGAAGCUUUGUUUUUUAGAAUAUGACCAUUGUUCUGAUUAGAUUACUAAUAUUUGCCUUUCCCCUGUU